CUUUAUUUGUCUUUUAUUCAAUAGAAAGUAAGUCAUGAGAACUGUUUCUCUCGUGAAUAGGUUGAAAUGGGCCUUCUCAGGGAAUAUGAAUCCUCAUGCCUUGGUAUUGGGUGAUGUGGAUAAUGAUGGCGAUAUCGAGUUUGUUAUUGGUAAUUUGAAUGGUGAUUUAGCCAUCUUCAAAGGCGAAUGUCCACUUGGUUUACCUUCUUUUAUCUGUCAUGAAUUGGGAACGAUUACCUGUAUUGCAAUAGGAGAUGUUCGAAAUAUUGGCAAGAAUUCCAUAGUAGUCAUCAAUGCUGAAGGUCAUUGUCAUAUAUUUGAUAUCGAUAGUACUCUCUCUCAACCUAUUAAUUCUCGAGCUCAACACCAAAUUCUACUGGACGAAUAUUUACGUCAAGAUCGCCGAUCAUCAGAUUCGAAUAGUACACAAAGCUUUUUUAGGCGAUCGACAGGGGAUGAUCAACAACAUCGUUCUUCUGAGGAUACCAAAUCAUCAAUAAUACAAAACUUACAACAACCAAGUACAACACUCAAAGUACCUGUCAAUGUCAACAAAAUCCUUAUUGCUGAUAUAGAUGGUGAUGGUUUAAAUGAACUUAUAUUGGCAAGAACCGAUCGGAUUUUACAUUCUUUUCAAUUAGAUCAUCAUCAUUAUCAAACUUUUAACAACAAAUCGGAUUCUCCAACUCCUCCUACAAACAACUCUCCAACUUCAACGCUAACAUCGACAAUUCAAUCGUCCCUUUCUGCUUUAUCAGGAAACAAACUCGGAAACAAACAAAAUAAUGAUGGAAAGGAGCUCAAAUCACACGUACUUCGUAAAGGAAUGGCUUGGAAAUCCGCUGGAAAAACAACAACGACAACAAAGGAUACCAAAGGUUCGAGAGCUAAUACAGAUACAAUCAAUAAAGCCGUUUUGGAUCAACAAACAAGUUUGAAAGAUAAGGAUAUGUGGGUCUUUGACGGUCAGAUUACAUCUCUUACAACAACACACUAUCCUGAUCGACCCAAUGAACCUAUAUUACUUGUAGCUCAGCCUGGCAAUACGUUUACCAUCAUUGAUCAAAAAGGAAAUCGACUCAACCGCGACUUUACUCCUCAACAUGGUCCAUAUAUUUAUGAUCGACGGCAGAGACAUCAUUUAUCCUCACUGAUAAAAGAUAACAAAAAUGACAUCAAAAAAACAAAUCACCAGCAAAGCAAUAAUAGCAAGAUGAACACAAUUAGUACAACGACGUCAACUAAGCCCUCGAUCCCAGUGGAUAUCAAGCAAUCAUCAUCACCAACAAUAACAACUACCAUACCCAAGGAAUCCUCAGCAGGCACCAUCCGAACACUUCUUAAUCGACUGGCGACGCCCAACGACAUUACUGUGGAAAAUGUCAUUAUCACCAAACAAGAAGAGGGGAAGCAUAGUCACGACAACAAUGAUGAACAACAAGAGAAGAGUGAUGACGAUGAUGAUCUUUGCAAUGAUCUGGAGCGUACAAAUUAUGUUAUACAAGAUUGGCCGGUGACGGAUGGAGAUGAUAUUAUCGGUGACGACAAGAACGGCGCUGUGGCUACAGAAAUCGUGGUUGGAAAACGACAUGGCAAUACUGAACAGGAAGAAUCAGGAAAUGAAAUUGGUAUGCUUAGUAUGGAUGGGAAAUUCACUAUUUACGAUCUUCAGACCAAAAAGUCUUCACAACAAGACCUAUUCGUUACACACAAAUUAUUCAGCUUGGCAACCUUGAAUGUAUCUGGAACAGCAAUGUUACCAAAACCACUUUAUCCUGCUCGCAAUGCUCCCCUCUAUUUUGCAGGAUCACCACAACUACAGCAACAACAACAACAGCAACAACAUCAUCAUCAAAAAAGACAACAUCGUCAACAACCACUUCAACAACAACAACAGCAAACACAGUAUCACCAAGUCUUAUCAAAUCGACAUCCUUCAUUAGCAUCAGCUGCAUCAUCACCAUCGUCAUCGGGAAGAGCUAUGGCCACAACAGCAACAACAACUGCAGUAGCACAUUCCAAUACUGGUUCUCCGUCAUUUUCAACCUCUUCUAAAUUGUCCCUCACAAUUUCUAAUAGCAAUAGCAACAACGGAGGAGCAGAAGAUACAAACAAGUUACCCAUCUCACCGUCACCAACGACAACCGUGGAGCAAGAUACCUCAACUAUUCAACAACAACAACAACAACAACAACAACAACAACAACAACAACAACAACAACAACAACAACAACAUGAUUCCUUGGGUGAAAAUACAUCCGAUGGCAUGCAUGCGAGUGACAUUUUAUCGGUCUUAUCAAAAAACAAUACAUCGCAACAACAACAACAUAGAGGAGGAGAAACAAUAUCAAAUGAUUAUUAUAAUGAUCACAGCAGCAUUAUUCAUUCCAGACGGACAAGUCAAAGUAGUGAUGAAAGUUCAUGGAGUGACCUAAAUGAAGAGGAUGAUAUGGACCGGCCUGAUUGUGAUCUAUUUGUCGCCUGUGCAUGGAACGGGGUGACCUACCUGAUUGAUUGGAGCCAACGUGAUGAUACUCAUGAGGAUGAUUCUUUAUCUUCAUCUUCUUCUAUAUCUCCUUCUUCCAAUAUUCGAUUCCAACUAGUGAAAUUUGCUUUUGAAGGUCGAGUAUGUGCCUUUACAGCUGGUAAGGAAAAUAACAAUAAUAAUAAUAAAAAAAAAUGAACUAUACUGAACCGUUCUUCUUUUUUUUUUUUUUUGGUAGGUCUUUAUGCAGUGGCUCCAGGAUACAAUGUACCAUGUUUGUUUUAUGUGGAUUUUGAAGAUCAAAUCUUUGUAUAUUACGAUGUAAGGAUUACGCCAGGAAAAGUGACAGGUUUCAUUGAUAGAAUGGAUGAUGAUGUGGAAGAAGCCUUGGAUCGAUUAU